AUGAGAUGUUUGCAAAUAAAUAUAUCACUUCAGAUUUGUAUAAAAUAUAUUGCAACUGAUACUACUACUACUACUACUACUACUACUACUAUUACUACUACUACUACUAUUACUACUACUACAACUACAACUACAACUACUACUACUACUACUACUACUACUACUACUACUACUACUACGUCUACUACCUUGCGUGAAAGAAGGGAAAGGGUAACGACUUUUCAAGCACGGAUCACAUAUACAACUACCCUUGCUUUUAAUUCUGUUCACAUCUCACACCAAUGA